AUGGAGAGGGGAUUAGAAACACACCAGCCCACUCGCCUCAGCCAAAGACCCAAGCUUGUUCAAACCAUUCUUCUUCCCAACGUUUAUCAUAACCCAGCCAACGAUCCAAGCUGCAAGCUUAGUGAUAAGGAGCUACAGGACGGGUUUGAUGCCGUGUACGAAGACUUAUACUGUGAACUUGCCAAGUUUGGACAUUUGCUCGAGUUGCACGUUUGUGAUAAUGUCGGAGAUCACCUUAUAGGAAACGUCUAUGCCCGUUUUGAAUGGGAAACAGAAGCUCAAGCAGCCGUCGAUAAUCUAAACGAACGCUGGUACGCAG